CGAGUGACGCCUGCUAAUGCUGUGUUUUACCGCUGCAGUGGAAAGAUGCCAAACCGGACGACCUGAUGGACUCCAAGCUGCGCUGCAUGUUUGAGAUGCCUUCAGACAGUGAGAAGCUGAGCGAGCUGGAGUCCACCAAAGCCUCGUCUGCUCUGAACGCCUCGAAGGCCGCCGGCAGUCUGUCCACGGACGACACGGAGAUGAGGAAGCUCAUGGAGGAGAGCAGGAGACUGCAGACAGAAGUGGGGAAGCUGCUCGACGAGAACCGCCAGCUCAAGGUACUGGAGAAUAACUAGUGUCUGUGUGUCUCCUGAUUCACUCGUAUUGACCCAAU